GCUAUACUUAAGUGCAUGGGGUAGCAGAAGUCAAGAAAUUGCUGUUGGUUUUAUGAGAUGCAGUGGAUUUAGCUGCUGAACUUGGUCAAGAUCAAGGAAGAAGAAAUGGCUGUCAAUGUGAUUCUUGCAGCAAAAAUAUGCCCCUCCGUUACUUGCAAGACGAGUAUGAAAAGCUAUAAUUGCAAUAAUGACUGUUAGGAGGAAAAAUAUUACCAAUUUGGAGUAAUUUCAAAAAUACUUAUCAAUAUGACUUAAUGGGCUGAUUAGAAAAAAUAUUGUCCAGAGCAUCAAUUACUCGAGUCCCUAGUGACUGAAUUGAUGUUCAGUUGGUAAUGUCUGUUUCAUUAAGAGCGUUUCUGCAACUUUCAGAUAAGCUGCAAUCAAGAAGUAAAUUUGUUCUGUUGUCUCAAGCUGCUCCUCCAAGUCGUCGGCAUAUCCUAGUAUACAGUGCUUCAUUUCUUGCAAUUCUGAAUUUAAAUUGCAUCUUAACGCCAUCACCGGUUAGAGCUGAAGAUGAGCCAAACGAGCAAAAGGAAAAUGGAGUUGUUGGGGCUAUUAAAUCUUUGUUUGAUCCUAAUGAGAAAACGAAAUCUGGCAAACUGUUGCCGAAGAAUUACUUGAAGUCGGCAAGGGAGGUUGUAAAGACAUUACGGGAGUCAUUACAGGAAGACCCUAAGGAUAUUGCUAAAUUUAGACGAACUGCAGAUGCAGCAAAGGAGUCCAUUAGAGAGUAUCUGGGGAGUUGGAGAGGACAAGAGAAGGUGGCUCGUGAGGAAUCGUAUAUUGAACUAGAAAAGGCAAUCAGAUGUUUAGCCAAUUUCUAUUCUAAAGCUGGCCCAUCUGCACCGUUGCCUGGAGAAGUGAAGUCUGAGAUAUUAAAUGAUUUAAGUGCUGCUGAAGAAUUUUUGUAGCAGUUAAGUGAGCGAUUUACCGAAACUAGAUCUGCUUUGAACCAAGCAGAUCUCAGGAUUGCAAACCCAGGCAGCAUUCUCUUAACUAUGUUAUCAACCUCUAUUUCGUGGGUAAAGGAAAAUGUAUAACAACUGAGUCCACAGUUUUCACCAUUGCAAAGCAUUUAUAGUUCAUAAA